UUCUUUCUGCCUGUGUUCAUUUAUCUUUUAAUUACAGUACAAACAAUUCUUCAUAAUGUGCCCGUGUUGCAGCAUCAAAUGUUGCUUCGUUGGCUUCAAUUUGCUGUUUUUGGCUUCUGGGGUUGCUCUCAUUGUUAUCGGAGUACAGCAGCACUCGACUUACAAACAGAUGGGUGCCUUUGCAGGGAAGAGCCUGUCUCAAAUCUCUGUAGUCCUGGUUGCAGUGGGUGUCACCAUAUCCCUGGUCUCAAUCUUGGGUCACUUGGGGGCAUUCUUUAACCAUUAUAAUAUGAUGGCCUGUUUUAUCUGUAUCCUGAUCAUCAUUAUCAUUCUGGAGGUACUCACAGGGGCUGCCUUUUACAUAUUACGCAAAAGGACUCUCAUCCUACAGGUGAAGAAUGCUAUCGACUAUGACGGAAAAGCACGAAAAGUGAUUCAAGAAUACAGCCCGGAGAAGAGACAUGCCAUCGACAGAGUUCAGGAAAUGUUCAAAUGCUGUGGUGCAGACGGCCCUGAUGACUGGGCCAACAGUGUGGGCUGGGGGAACCAAGACGCUGUGCCAGAUUCCUGCUGUGUGGUGAAGGGUCAGGGCUGUGGACAAGACAAGGACAAAGUGCACCCAAAGGGUUGUAUCCGCGCCAUUAAGCUCUUUCUGUUGAGAAGCCUGCUGUGGGUCGGCGCUGUCUGCAUUGCUCUUGGAAUCACAGAGGUUUUUGGAGUGGUAGUGGGGGCUUUCUUUUGUCUGAACAUAAGAGGAAAAAAUUAUGAAAACAUGAGCUGAUGUGUCAUCAUGGCGAAGCCGACUUCCCACAUCACUGGCAUUUUUCUCUUUCUUUGGCUCAAAUUUGAUUUAUUUUAU